AUGGCUACCCAAGUCUACCGUGCCACUAACGAGGCCCUGGUCUCUCCUGGGUCAUUGGCCGGUUGGCACUUCAUGGAACCCAAUUCUGCUCUACGUCCCUCCUCGAUCCCUUCUUCGUCACCGUCAUCUCGAGGACUUCAAGAGCUUUCUGCCAGUCAAGUCAAUAACAGGAAUCUUGCUUGCAACUCGCCUAAGCAUAAUCAGAAUCAGAAGUUGUAUCUCAAGUCCACUUCUAUCAAACUACCCGGAAGAACAUCCUCGUCUCGUGGGCCACGACGCUCAUCUAGCGGAUCUGACACCUUCAAACCCCUCGAGGUGGUCUUAGAAGAAUCUAUCGUAUCCGCUGGCAGUCUAGAUGCUACUGGCGAACAAUCUCCUUCAACUGCCGACGUCGUGUCACCAAAAUCGAACAUUCACGAAGCCCACCCUUUGUUCAACGCCAAACCGCAAAGCGAAAGCCCAUACCUGCACCAUCUAACAGGUCAGUUCGAGUGGUUGAUAUUUUUACCCGCGUCAGUCAACAAUGUCAAAGACCGUGGUUCUUUAAGCAACGGCGAGAACGAUCGCAACGACCUUGAGACCCAGGUUUACGGCUGCACCUUGCUAUCACGCAUGCCGCAAGACUUUUCUCCUGACCACCCGGAUGGAGGUCCUGAAGCUAACCUCUUCGAUUUCAUAGCCACUCCCUUGAUACCUGAGGAAUAUCAGGCUUUGGGCCUUGACCCUUCUCAGACUCCCACCAACCACACUAAUAUGUCAUUACCUCCACCUCCAGCAUAUGAGCUCCAUCAGACUGUUCCGCUCAAGGUCUCUGAAAUGGUUGAGGUGGUUGAACAGGCUGUGUCUCCUUCGCUCACUCUGAUUAGUGAAAGGGGCAGCAGCUGUGCGGGAUCUUCAAGAAAUGGUUCCUUUUCGGUGCCUCGAAUCGAGGAUUCUUUUGAAGAACUUGAUAAACUUGAGGAUGAGCUCGAAGCUGUCAAUGCCUUUACGCAAACUCGACGCAUCACUUUGGACGAGAAGGCUGCUCCUAGUACCAACCAUCUUGAGUUGCCAUCUGCAAGCAAGAGACCGGCGAUCUCUAAGAGGGCAUCGAUGGUAGGCAUGUCUGCCACGGUGCGCAUCAAGCAACCUGAGAAGCCACAAAUCUCAAUUCGCCGAGCAACCUCGUUGGUGUUUCGAGAGAAGAAACAAGAUGAUCUGGAUAUUUCUCCCAAACCCAAAGUCCAAUUCUCACGCGAGAAGUUACCAAUCUCUCAAUCUGCAUCCCCAAAGACACCAGUCAAAUCCACAAGACCCACUACUGUGCCCAACUUCGAGCUUCCUGGAGAGGCUGUAUCUCGUCGGUUGAAGGAACAGCGGGAAGCUCGCCGAGCACAACAGGCUAACGCUCAGAAAGCUUAUGUACCUCCGCCGAGACCGAAGUCUAGUAAGCCGCUCACCAAACCAACUUUCGAGCUUCCAGGGGAAGUCAUCUCUCGCCGCAAACGCGAGGAGCGCGAGGCACGCCUCAGGGCACAAGCAGAAGAGGAACAGAAGAAGCGAGAGUUCAAAGCAAGACCUAUGCGGAAUAGUGUGACACCGGCUAGCAUCCCACGAGAAACGAUUACCAGUCUUGCUCGACAGGGAAAGCUUUCACAAGAUGGUACAGCAAAGCAAGCACCUGCAACUAAGACCAAUCAACUGUCCAGUAUAGGUCCACGAGUAGCCCCUUCAUCAGAAAACAAAGCACCACAGAGUCGCGGCCGUCUUUCAACCACUACAUCACGAGAAGACCCUAGUCGGGGGACUUCAGCGUCCACUGGAAGUGGCGCUGGAAAGCGUGCAACACUCACUACUGAGGAAGCAUCCCAACUUAGACACCGUGGCAAGGAAAUUUUCCAACGUGACAAUACCAGUUAUACACGAGAUAGAGAGCGUGAGAAGCGAAUGCGCGAAGAGGCACUUCGCUUAGCCCGCGAACAGGCGGCGGAGCGUUCGAGAAUCGCCAGCCGAGAAUGGGCAGAGAAGAAACGCCGUAAGGAGCAAAUCAUCUUGGAACCCCCUGGGGCCCAGUAA